AUGAAUUCGUGGCUAAGACUUUCUGCUAUCAAAGUGUCUUCACGAAGUUACUCGUUGCUUCCUCAAGGAGCACAAUCGUACGUAGGCGGCAAAUGGACACCUUCCGAAUCGGGGAACUCAUUUGACGUAUUGAAUCCUUUCAAUAACCAAGUGGUCGAUAGAGUGGCGAAUUGUACGGUCAAGGAUGCUGAAAAAGCAGUUCAAAGUGCAGUAGAAGGCUUCGAUAAAUGGGCUUACUCAUACACAGCGAAACAAAGGGGAGCGAUUCUUCACAAAUGGUUCGAGAUUCUGAUCCAACGCGAAACAGAACUGGCUACUCUUCUCACUAAAGAACAAGGCAAACCACUUGCAGAAGCCAGAGGAGAAAUUCAGUAUUCCGCAGCAUAUUUUGAUUGGUACGCCGGUGAAGCUCGUCGAGUUUACGGCCAAGUUGUUCCAUCACCAGUUCAAAAUCGUCUUCACUUACAUACACGAGAACCAAUUGGAGUUGUUGCUCUUAUUUCUCCGUGGAAUUUCCCAACUGCAAUGAUUGCAAGAAAAGCUGCUGCAGCACUAGCCGUCGGAUGUUCAGCUGUUGUGAAGCCAGCUGAAGAUACACCAUUAUCAGCAUUGGCACUCGCUCAGACGGCUGAAGAAGCUGGAAUUCCGGCAGGAGUAUUCAACGUAAUCACUGCUGAUCGUUCCAAUACUGCAGAGAUUUCAAAAUUCCUCUGUGAAUCUACGGAUGUCUCUGCAAUCAGCUUCACUGGUAGCACUCCCGUUGGGAAACUUCUUCUUGCUCAAUCAGCCUCCACUGUGAAACGAGUCUGCCUUGAGCUCGGUGGUAAUGCUCCAUUGAUUGUUUUCGAUGAUGCAGAUUUGGAUAUAGCUGUUGCGGGUACAAUGGCAACCAAAUUCCGCUGCUCCGGACAGACCUGUGUGUCUGCAAACCGUAUAUUUGUUCAUGAAAAGAUUCAUGAUCAAUAUGUCUCUAAACUGGCUGCCGCAAUGAAAGAGAAGCUUGUUCUCGGCGACGGAAUGGAUCCGAAGACGACACAAGGUCCACUUGUGAAUCAGAAAGCAGUCGAUAAGUGCGAGCUGUUGCUAUCUGAUGCUCUUGGAAAAGGGUCCGAGUUGAUUUGUGGAGGUAAACGUGGAGAACAUGGAACAUCUUAUGAACCAACUCUGAUUACUAAUGUUCAAUCGAAUACCAAUAUCGCAAAUACCGAAAUCUUUGGUCCCAUCGCAUCAAUUCAAAAGUUCCGCAGCAAUGAGGAAGUUCUUCAGGCGGCUAAUGACUGCCGCGUUGGACUUGCAGGAUAUAUCUUUGGAAAAGAUCCUUCGCGCCUUCAAACGUUUGCCAGAAGACUUGAAGUUGGAAUGGUUGGAGUCAAUGAAGGAUUAAUCAGUUGUGCAGAGGCAGCAUUCGGCGGAGUCAAAGAAUCAGGAAUCGGUCGUGAAGGUGGCGCUCAAGGAGUGGACGAAUUCACCAAUUGGAAAUAUAUCUGCACUCAAUAUUAA